AUGUUGGUUGCUGUAAGUGGUACUAAAUAUAGUGGUGUAGAUACACUGAUUGAUCUAUUAGUCUCUAGACAUGGUUUUGAAUUGAUUGAUUCUAAAGUUCAAGAUCCAGAUGCAAUUAUGGAUUACGCUACUAGGUAUUACACUAAAGACUUAGUGUUGAAAUGUAAUUCUUUAGAAUUAUGCACAACUUUAGAAAAAAGACCAUUUUUUGUUCAUUUAUCUAUGCAGGCGUCAAUGAAACUACGUAUGAAAAGUUUAAAGCAUAUUUCUAAUACAAAAAAUAUAGAUGAAUUAUGUACAUUACUAGAUGAAACUGAUUUUAAAUCUGAUAUAAUUGAAUUACAUGAAAAGGCCAAUGUAAAAUUUAAAUUAAUUAAUGAUAAUGACUCAGAAAGAUUAAAUGUUGUACUUAAUAAACAAUUACAAAUAUUAAGAAAUAAAAAACCAAACGCUCCAGAAGAGUUUAAUCCACCUUUAAGACCUGAUUGGGAUACGUAUUUCAUGAAGCUUGCUACAUUGGCUGCAUCUAGAUCUAAUUGUAUGAAGAGAAAAGUUGGAUGUGUUGUUGUGAGAGAGAAGCGUGUCAUUGCUACAGGUUAUAAUGGUACCCCAAGACAUCUAACGGAUUGUUGUAAUGGCGGUUGUCCUCGUUGUAAUGGUGGUAAUUCACACGAGUUGCAUACUUGUCUGUGUCUCCAUGCUGAAGAAAAUGCAUUACUAGAAGCUGGUAGAGAUAGAAUAGGUAAUAAUGCGACACUAUAUUGUGAUACAUGUCCAUGUCUGACUUGUUCGGUGAAAAUUGUUCAAACAGGUAUUGAAGAAGUAGUAUAUAGUCAGUCUUAUCGAAUGGAUGAGGCUAGCUUUAAGGUAUUAAGAGAUGGUGGUGUAAAAGUGAGACAACUUAGUGUCAUUGAUGAACCAAGGAUUGUCAUAGUUUAG